CCAGUUAUACAAUCUGUGCUCCAGACCGACGACUCUCGUCAGGCUCCCAGAAUUAAACUUCGAGCAUUGGGUUCUAUUUGUUUCCUCCAACUGUUGACAACAGGAAACACACAAAAGGCUACACUUGCUGACUUUGAGGGAGUACAGUAAAGGACUUCAAUUAAAAUCUCUUGGGAAAGCAAGAAGCUAUUGUGAUAAACAUGGCAUCUCACAGCUCCAAGAGGUGUGCGACUGUGAAGAAAAAGUUUGUUCCUAAGAUGAAGCCACCUGAACCUGUGGUGGAAUACGUUACACCUGGAGGCUAUGAGCUGGAGAAGAUCCUUAACCGUGACUGCAUGGAGUACACUCACAUCAACCAGGUCUGGCCCAACGUCUGGAUUGGAGAUGAAGAGAGUGCCAAAGACAAAUACAACCUGAAGAAAUUGGGCAUGACCCACAUCCUGAACGCAGCAGAGGGGACGUGGAAUAAUGUGGACACGGGUGCAGAGUACUACAGCGACAUGGACGUGGUCUACUAUGGGGUCGUGGCGGAGGAUACUCCAACCUUUGACCUUAGCCAGUACUUCUUUUCUGCAGCCCAGUUCAUCGACCAAACACUCAACAUACCUGAGAAUAAGCUGCUGGUGCACUGUGUGAUGGGGAGAAGUCGGUCAGCCACCCUGUUCCUGGCCUACCUGAUGAUCUGUAAGAACAUGACGGUGGUGGACGCCGUGGACCACGUGAAGCGACGCAGGCGUAUCAUCCCCAACUGGGGCUUCCUGAAACAGCUCAGGCAGCUGGACACUUACCUCUUAGAACAGAGGGACGGAGUGACGACUGACAAGGGAAAAGGAGGAGAAGAAAAGGACAAGGAAAGAGAGGAGGAUGAAUAGAAGGAUCAAAUGUGAUCGAUGCACCCUGAGAAAAGGGAAAUGUAUUUAAUUUAGAUCAUUUGGUUCCACAAGAAAUGUGUACAGUGAAAAAAAUUGUCAAACAAGUAGGUUUCCUAGUACUUCAAAAAUACUGUACUCCAAUUGUACUUCAAAUUUAAAAGAGUUAAAGUGGAAAUCCAGAGUUCAAACAAUAAAGCAAUAACAAUAACAAAGCAACACUUCCGCCACUUGUUUUGGUAAACCGCUAAGGGAAGGGGCUCGAGAAAUUUGAACACUGAAAUUCAUAGACAAGAGCUACAGAGCUGCUAUCUAAAUUUGAUCACUUUGUCGUAAAUAAUUUUCCUGCGCAGCAGGAAAUGCAAAUUGUAAAGGCAUCUAAAGUCAGUAAUUUCCACUUUAACAUUUCAGACUUGAUUUUCC